CAGCUCUAUUAAAUUGCAAUACAACUCUACUUAUUGCAAUUUAUUUUCCAUCCCAAAAUAGAAAAUAAAUAAAAUGUAAAAUAUCAUAGGUAGAUUAGCUAAAUUAACUAUACACGAAGAAGGCGGUCGUAAACAGCGUAAUCAUGACGUCACGCAACCUAACGGAAGUGUUCGUUAUCAUGCGUAACAAUGCCAGCAAGAAUCGAAAUCAUUAUGACGAUCGGCGUGGCAGCGACUCGGAGCGAUUGCUGAAGCAUUCGGUGCGGGAGGCCGAGGAGGGGCUGGAAAUGCAGGACGACUAUGGAACUCCGCCCGUUUGGCUGGACAAAUUCGAGGAGGCACAAUACACAAUGUCCAAAAUCAAACCAAAGCUGGAUGAACUGGGCUCACUGCAUGCCCGCCACCUGCUGCGUCCCACAUUCGAUGACCAGAGAGACGAUGAGUGUGAGAUUGAGGUGCUGAGUCAGAUCGUAUCCAAGCUCAUCUCGAGCACCCACCGGCACAUACAGUGUGUACGCUCCAGCCUCGGUGUGGGCAGCAAGGUGGAGCAGCGACUGACCGCCAAUGCGGUGGAGUGCGCUCUCCUCCAGCUGCAGGAUCUGACGGUCAAGUUCCGCAACAGCCAGAACGCCUAUUUGUUGCAACUCAACUCACGGGAGGAGCGCUCCCAGAAGUACUUUGACAACAAUGAGUUCACCAAUGUCGAACUGGGCGAUAACAACGAUCAACUGGCGAAUUUCGCCGAUUCCUUUGACAAUUUUCUGCAGCCUGUGGAGGGAACAACAACAACAACAGCAGCUGGAGCAGCAGCAACAACAAAUGGCCGUAGUACAAAUACGUAUCUGUUUGAUGACGAUGAUGAGCAGGAGAUUGAUGAUCACUUCAAGAAACCGGUGGCGAAUCGCAUGACACAGCAGCAACUGUUGCUAUUCGAGGAGGAGAACACACGUCUCGCCCAGCAUCGGGAGGAGGAGGUGACGAAGAUUGUCAAGUCCAUAUACGAUCUCAACGAUAUCUUCAAGGAUCUGGGCCACAUGGUGCACGAGCAGGGCACCAUUAUGGAUCGCAUCGACUACAACGUGGAGCAGACACAGACCCGCGUCUCCGAGGGAUUGCGGCAACUGCAACGGGCCGAAAUGUAUCAGCGAAAGAAUCGAAAAAUGUGCAUCAUUCUCAUACUGGCUGCAGUCACCUUUGUCAUGCUGCUCCUGCUGAUCCUGACCAAGCUGUAGGCCAUGCUCACGAUACCAUACGAUUCCAUUCCUCCUGAGAGAAUCAAAUCAAACAAAUCCCGGCUCCAGCCAGCAGCAGUUAUUCCGUUAUUAUCUGUAAUUCCGUGUGUAUAUUUGUAAUUGUAUAAUGUAAAAAUAUAUUGUAUGUUUUAUUUAUUUAUUACUAA